UCCGCCCUCACUUGGCAGAAGAUGGCGGCGCUGAGCGACCGGUCGGCGGGGAUGUGGGCGAACGGACCGGUGCCGGGGCAGUUUUAUUCCGUGCCCGGCACAGGCCUGGGUCCCAGGAAGUGUACCCUGAGCCCCAUGGUGACAGGUACCUCAGUGCUUGGGGUAAAGUUUGAUGGUGGGGUGAUCAUUGCGGCUGACAUGCUUGGCUCGUAUGGGUCCUUGGCACGCUUUCGGAACAUACCUAGGCUGAUGAAAGUGAAUGACAACACAGUACUGGGGGCCUCGGGUGACUACGCUGACUACCAGCACCUCAAGCAGGCUAUCGAGCAGAUGAUGAUCGACGAAGAGUUACUUGGAGAUGGUCAUGGUUAUAGUCCAAAAGCAAUCCAUUCCUGGCUGACCAGAGUCAUGUAUAACAGGAGGUGCAAGAUGAAUCCUCUGUGGAACACAGUGGUCAUCGGUGGAAUAAGCAACAACGAGAGCUUUCUGGGUUACGUAGACAAGCUCGGCGUCGCCUAUGAGGCUCCGACAGUGGCAACUGGUUUCGGCGCCUACCUCGCGCAGCCCCUGAUGAGGGAAGCCGCUGAAAGCCAAUCCGUCAUUUCCAAAGAUGAAGCUCGCCAGCUGAUCGAGCGCUGCUUGAAGGUCCUUUAUUACCGGGAUGCACGGUCUUAUAACCGGUACCAAUUAGCGACAGUCACUGUGGCCGGCGUGGAAAUCGAAGGACCGCUCUCGGCUGACACCAACUGGGAAAUAGCACAUAUGAUAAGUGGGUUUGAAUAGAAGAGCUCAGCGUCCACAGCAGGACUGGUGAAUCAACAGGAGCGGAACCUUUCCACAGAGGACUCGAAAAGCCAUUGCUUGUUUGCUGUUGUAUCUCUUGGAAUUGUUCCAUUGUGUUUGUUUCAGUGUAUAUGUUUUAUAAUGGGCUGGGGUGGGCAGAGAUAAGUAACACAAAAAAUAAAAAAUAAAAUACUGUCUUCGA